AUUUACUCGAAUGCAAUAAAGUAAGUCUUAUCAAACAAAGAUAUGCUGAACAGAAAUUGGAGCAGUUUUUUGUUUAAACAGGUUGCACUGUAUCGAAACUUCCGUCAAAAUUGGUCACGAUUCAAGACGAAAGCCGUUCUGUACUCCUACUCAUUCUACCGUGGAGACCGACGUUUCGGCAAGUUUGCUCUAGCUGCAUCUACAGCCGGAUUCACAUUUCGAGAUCAUGGAAUCAGUGAUGAUCGAAUCGCAGAAUGUGAAAACUGUGAAGAGGAGUUUGCUCAUCGAAAGACACCUGGAAAAGGAUGGGAGUUGCUCUACGAAGAGAAGGAUAUGUUAGCAUUCCGUAGACGAAUUGAUGGUCCAUAUGAGAUGUAUGAAUACAAAUGUGUUGGGACAUACUAUGAUAUCAGUCCACGAACAUUUCUUGACGCUCAAAAUGAUUUAAAAUAUCGAAAAGAAUGGGACGACAAUAUUGUGACUAUCGAAGUUGUCAAAGAAGAAAAUGAAAAUGAGCUGAUCAGAUGGGUAUCUAAGUUUCCAUAUCCAAUGUAUCCGAGAGAAUAUGUUUAUGUAAGACGAACAUGGGUGUCAGAAGACGAAAAAUAUGCAGUUUUAGAUAGCGAAUCAGUUCAACCUGAGGUGUUUCCAUCAAUUUCGGAGUCAAAUGUCCGAGUACGAUCCUACACUUCGAGAAUGUCAAUUCGAGCUCAUUCAAAUUGGGAAUCGCAUGGAGUUGAUUACAUUUUAACAUAUUGUGACAAUCCAGAGGCUAACAUUCCUCGUUACGUGUAUAAUUGGAUGGUUAACAAAGGUGGUCCUUAUUUUUUGAGACAAGUUCACAAGGCUGCUCGUGAAAUUGAGAGUAGCGGACGAGAAGUACGAUCUGCCACUGAGAAAGCGCUUUUGAGAAAAAACGAUCGUGUUCUGCAGCGUCAAACCAAAGAAAAUGAAGAAAAGGAAAAGAAACGGAAUGAAGAAGAAACGAAACUCAAUAAUCAAGAAAAUGAAGGAGAAAAAAAACUUGAAAAACCACAAAAAGCUCGUUCCACAACUGCUUCAACCUCCUUCGUAUUGCAAUCAGAACAAGUCAAUUAUCAGAGAACUGCCUGAUUUCUGUGCUCGUCUUUAUAAACAAAUCUACAGAAAUACCAUAUUUUAUUUCUUUCAUGUUGAAAGACCAUAUAUCGCUUGUCGAAAGCUCAAUAGACGUUUAGUGCAUUUUCUACUGAAUAAGCCAUCAUCGUAUUUUUGUUUAGUUUAAUUUUGUGAUAUGUCUGUUUCCAAAAGGACAAGAAAAAUCUUUAAAAUCAGAAAGUAUGUUACAAAAGAAACAAAUCCAAAAUGGCGUAAUUCACUUAGUUUUUAUGUAACCUAUUUCCUGAUUCCUUUUUGUAGAUGAUAGAGUUUUGUCGAGUUUUUGUAAAAGAAAAUUUUUUUUGUCUCUUUUCCUCCUCGUAUUACAAUCCGUUGUCCAUGAUUUUUUGUUUGGUUUGGAAUAAUUUCCGUUGUUUUGAUUAUGAAUUAUUAUUAAAA